CUUCCAUGGGUGAGGCCCCCCCCCCCCGAAUUAUGAUUUUAUUUAUUAGGGCAGUAAAAGCUGGGUGUUAGAAAAAUGACUGUUAAUGCCUAAGUUGUACUACUAAGAGUUUAUUUAACUAAUUUUAUGAGAGAAUCCAAUUAAAGCCAGUAAAUAGUGUUCUCUGUACGGUAAGUUUUUCUUGUCAUUGUUAGUUUAUUAAGAAAAUGAGGACCACGGAUCAUGGACGAGGGGAGAGAAUCUAGAACCGAGAAGUGUGAAAUCCAAGUCCAACCCAGCGACGGAGAGACUGCGUCAAACUCCGCCUCAGAAAGCUUUCCGGCUCUAGGACCGGUGGGCCGGAGACGGACGAAAUCCUUGCCGUCGCGACAGGUGAUAUUCGCCGGCGAUGGAAGCGGGAAACCGAUGGGAACGGCGACGGCAGCAGCAGUGGUCACCCAACGGUCCGUAGCUGCCGGCCGUUCAACGGGCCGAGCAGCGACGUUGCCGUAUCGAAACGGUAGGGAAAGUAGAACCGAAGAUCGUGCCCUUUACGACCGUGGAAAGUCCAUAGUUACAAAUCUAGACCCCAAAACUUCAACUAUCCGUCAGCACUACUACCCCGAAGGAGGGUGGGGAUGGGUGAUUUGUGUUUGUGCUUUCUUCGUGCAUUUCCUCACCUCGGGGCUGCAACUGUCCUACGGUGUACUCUACCUGAAGAUCGUGAAAACGUUCGGUAAAGCGCACGAGACCGCUUGGAUCGGCUCUUUGUCAUUGGCCUCUGGAUUUUUCCUUUCACCAGUCAUUGUGGCCCUCUGUCGGCGAAAAAGUACUCGAUUGAUAGCUGUAUUUGGCGGGUUUAUUUCAGCUCUUGGUUGCCUUUUCACGUCGUUCGCUUCACAGAUUCAUCAAAUUUUUUUCAGUUAUGGUAUAUUCAUGGGAUUUGGACUUGGAAUAGCACGAGAAGCGUCCAACAUUAUGAUUGGUCAAUACUUCAAACGCAGGCGUGAGUUUGUAGAGCUCAUUGUCCAAUCAGGAACAGGAUUGGGAAUAACUAUGAUGUCUUUAUUCCUACACGAAGUUUUAAGAUUGCUCGAUUGGAGACUGGGACUCCAGGCUUUGACAGGAAUAGUCUUUACAACGUUCUUUCUUGGUGUCUGUUAUCGUCCUGCUUCUUUAUACCAUCCUCAACGCAGAGCAAUUCUUCAUCUUAAAAACCAGAAACGGAAGAUCAAAGAUAAAACGGCUCCACAAGAAAAGUCUCCCUUUCUGGACUUCUCACUCCUGCGAACCAGGACCUUACAGAUUGUCAUGUUGUCAUCGAGUCUUUGUUCCUUAGGCAUUUAUACCCCAUGUUUUUAUAUGGCCAUCAUAGCAGACGAAGAAGGCCUAGAAAAUAGUUCCGUUUUAAUUCUUCAAGCCCUUCUCGGGUUAGCCUUUGCCGUGGGCUGCCUCCUGUUUGGGUUAAUGAUAAUAAAGAGUAGUCCACAGUGUAUGAUAGCCCGCCAAUACCUCUGUCAAGCCGCCAUGUUUGGAACUGCAGUCGCCAUAUUGUCACUUCGUGCGGUGAGCGGUUACCAAGGCUACAUCUUGUUUGUGUGGAUUUAUGGAAUAUUCUGUGGCGGAUUUCACUACUCGCUGAAGAUGUAUUUGUUUGAAAAAGUUCGACCAAGAAAUUUUAGUCGCUCAUGGGGAUUCCUUCAGUGGUCCCAAUUUCUUUCUGUUUUAUGCGGUAUUCCAAUAACAGGAUACAUAAACCGAAGCCGUGGACCAAAGAUGGGUGUUUUCUUUUCCUGUGGCUGUGUGGUUGUAGGAAUGCUUGUCCUAUUUCUGAUGAACCUUCGAAAGACUUCAGAUAAAAAAUCUCAGAAAACCAUUCUGAUGGGGGACGAUCAAAGUCAGUUUCAUAUAGACGCAACGAUAGCGUUGAAUGAAGAAGACAUUUGUACAUGUGGCAGGAAUCUGGGUGGAGAGGAGUUACCACCCUUAGACAGAUGUCAAAAAGCUAUCUCUUUCGGCACUUCGUUAGACGGAGCGGAUGAAGAGAGAAGGCCGGAACUACUUACGUGUAUUUCAGAAGAAGGUUUAGUGGACAUAGGGGAUAAUAAUAUACUAGAAGAAUGGUGUAUGGGGGAAUGUAUUACCUCGUGCAAUAAGGAAGAAAAGUUCCUAAUGAUUAGUGAAUUCGAAAAUAAUCUCCAUGAUCCAGUGAUCCCUCCGUGUGAUCAUCGGAUUCAUAAUUCACCCGCUAGAAGAAAUAGUACGCACCCGGAACUAUUUUACAUGGCACAACGACGCCGCUGUGAUCCUGUCAGCUUACAUCUACCAAAGAGAAAAAUAUCUGUUAUAGAGGAGAUAACUAGUUCAGUUUAAAUAUAUAUAUAAACUUUGGAAAUUUCAAUCUUUGUCGGUUUCUUACGGACAGUUGCAUUUUCACAAAAGUCUUAAAUCAAACCAAUAACCGUAACCAUAAAAAUGUAAAAAAGUAAGAUAAUUAUUUAUUAUUAUUAAAUAAAGAACAUAAGAGUUUAAAAUAAACUUUUGAAACAAAACUAAAAAAUUUAAAUUUAUUUUGCAAAGUGGCAAAAAAUAAAGUGGAAUAACCUAUGAUUUGAACAAUGAAAUAUUUUA